AUGAACCCUCAAGUUCACAAUGACGGGAAGGAGUUUCAGUUAGACUGCUCAGCGACGGUAGAAAGGCACGAUUCAGUGGGAGGAGGAAGAGGAGGAGGAGGCAAUGGUGGUGGUGGUGCGAGGUACAAGCUGAUGUCACCGGCUAAGCUUCCGAUCUCGAGGUCUACCGACAUCACGAUUCCUCCUGGUUUGAGUCCCACUUCCUUUUUGGAAUCUCCCGUUUUCAUCUCCAACAUCAAGCCUGAACCUUCCCCUACUACUGGUUCUUUGUUCAAGCCACGACCAGUGUACGUUAGCUCAAGCUCUUAUACAGGAAGGGCAUUCCAUCAGGACAACACCUUCACUGAGCAAAAGUCCAGUGAAUUUGAGUUCAGACCUCCUGCAUCCACUAUGGUUUAUGCAGAGCUUGACAAGCAUAAAAGUGAGCCAGCAGUCCAAUUUCAAGGCCAGGGCUAUGGAUCCUUACAUUCACCUUCUUCUGUCAGUGAGGCUGCAGCUAGCUCAAGUGAUCUGAGCCGGCCAACUCCUCCUCGUCAGAAUACACCGCCAAGCUCAGAUAUUCCUGCCGGAUCUGAGCAAGAUGAAUCAGUCUAUACAUCGCAAAAUGAUCCGAGGGGGAGUGCACCAUCAGUUUUGGCUGAUGAUGGUUACAACUGGAGAAAGUAUGGUCAAAAGCAUGUCAAAGGGAGUGAAUUCCCGCGGAGCUAUUAUAAAUGCACACAUCCUAAUUGUGAAGUGAAAAAAUUAUUUGAAAGGUCUUAUGAUGGCCAGAUCACAGAUAUUAUUUACAAGGGUACACAUGACCAUCCUAAACCUCAACCUGGUCGACGCAACUCUGUUGGUCUUGGUAUGCCUGCACAAGAAGAAAGAGUAGAGAAGGUAUCUGGCGUCUACAACUUGUCACAAGCCAUUGAGCAAACUGGUAACCCUGAAGUACCUCAUACAACUGACGAUGGUGGAGAAGUUGCAGUGUCAAAUAAGAAUAAAGAUGACCAAGAUGAAGAUGAUCCAUAUACAAAACGGAGGAGGUUGGAUGGAACCAUGGAAAUAACUCCACUUGUGAAACCUAUCCGGGAGCCUAGGGUUGUUGUUCAAACUCUAAGUGAGGUUGACAUACUUGAUGAUGGUUAUAGGUGGCGUAAGUAUGGCCAGAAAGUCGUUAGGGGAAACCCAAAUCCCAGGAGUUACUACAAGUGCACAGCAUCUGGAUGCCCAGUGAGAAAACACGUGGAGAGGGCAUCACAUGAUCCAAAAGCUGUAAUAACAACAUACGAAGGCAAACACAAUCACGAUGUCCCCACUUCAAAGUCUAGCAACAAUCAUCAUGACAACCAGCCUCGGUUCAGACCAGUUGAAACAGACACCAUCAGCCUCAAUCUUGGUGUUGGAGUCUCAUCUGAUGGACCUAACCACACUUCCAACGAGCAUCAGCAUCAGAAUCAACAACUCAUCAACCAAACUCACCCAAAUGGAGUCGGUUUCAGGUUUGUUCAUGCUACUCCCAUCUCAUCCUACUAUGCUAGCUUAACCAGCGGUGUCAAUCAGUAUGGCCCGCCGAGAGAAACUCAGAACGAGACUCAAAACGGUGACAUCUCGUCCUUGAACCACUCAUCUUACCCGUAUCCACAUAACAUAGGGAGAAUACAGUCUGGUCCUUAGAAGACAAAGGAAGCGGCAGUAAUGGAUUCUUAUUAGGUUAGGAAUGGACCUUCUAUAUGAUUCAUCUCUCUCUGUCUCUACUGGAGAUAACUGAUCUUGAUUUGAAAAUAUUUUUACCACUAUAUAUAUAUUUGUAUGUGUCACCUGUUUUGAGUUCAAAGAAUGUGUUGUAAAAUUACAGUAUGAUAAAUGCUUUAUUGUUAAACAAGAAACAUCAAUAUGUUAUUACAAAGUGUUUCUUU